AUGCAUCGAUUGUCAUUAGCCAAAAUAUGCUGAAGGAGCAAAUAAUAGGAAAUUUAUCGCACCCUUUUCAAAAAUCACGCCUUUCCUGGAAAAGAUUCAAACUUUUUGAUUGUUAACCUCGUCUCUCGUUGACUCCCUGUUGUUCUUGGCAAUCUCCGUCUCUUUAGUCUUGGUCUCCACGUUUCGUCCCCCAUAAAGAUUGCAUCUGUGACCUUCUCUCUUAUUCACCAGCAAUAAUAUUAUAAAAAAGAGAGAAAUCCUCACAUUCCACUAAGCAUUUCAGGAAACCAACUAAUUUGCCGAACACCCACUUAGCUAAAACUUCAAAGAAACCUCUCAAGAAUGGAAGUUCGUAGUGUUUCAGCUUUUCUUUUCAACUCACACUUACUAAUGUAUUCAGGUGCUGAUUUUAUUCUUAAACCCAUUUUUCUUCGUGGCUUUUCUGGUUCAUUACACUUAGUUUUGUUACUUGUGUUAUUGGUGCUGUUUGCGUAUAAGAUACUUAAGAGGAGUGAUAGUAGUGGUUCUAAAGAGAGGUUCAAUAGGAACAAAUGGGUCUUGUUUUGUAAACAGACUGUGUUUUGUUGUUUCAGUGUUUCGGUGUUUAACCUUUCAUUAUGUUUGUUAAGUUACUUUUAUUGGUAUAAAAAUGGCUGGUCUGAUGCUGAGCUAGUUACCCUUUUAGAUUUAACUCUUAGAACACUCUCCUGGGGUGCACUUUCUGUUUAUUUGCAUAGCCACUUUUUUGAUUCAGCUCAAAUAAAGUUCCCAUUAUUAUUGAGAAUUUGGUGGGGAGUUUAUUUUUCAAUUUCUUUUUAUUGUCUUGUUGUGGACAUUGUUCUUUAUAGAACACAAGUUCAGUAUUUAGUAUGGGAUGCAGUCUCUAUGUUCACUGGUUUGUUUCUGUGUUUUGUGGGGUUCUUGAAAAUUAAGGGUGAAGAUACCCUUCUGGAAGAGCCCCUUUUGAAUGGUAGUUCAUCUGAUAAUUUAGAGUCAACUAAGUUAAGAGGGGGUGAUUCUGUAACUCCUUACUCAAAUGCUGAUCUUUUUAGCAUUCUUACCUUUUCCUGGAUUGGUUCUCUAAUUGCUGAUGGCAAUAAGAAAACUUUGGACCUUGAGGACGUUCCCCAACUUCACAGCGGGGAUAGUGUAGUUGGGGCAUUUCCAGUUUUCAGAAAUAAGCUCGAGUUGGGCAGUGGUCAUGCUGGUGGUGGAGUUACAACAUUUAAGCUUGUCAAAGCAUUGUUCUUCUCAGCCUGGAAAGAAAUUCUGUGGACAGCUUUGCUUGCGCUAUUAUACACAGUAGCUUCUUAUGUCGGUCCAUACCUUAUAGAUGCAUUUGUUCAGUGCCUGAACGGGCAAGGAGCUUUUAAAAAUCAGGGAUAUCUUUUGGCUUCUGCCUUUUUGGUUGGGAAGCUGGUAGAGUGCCUCUCCCAGAGGCAUUGGUUCUUUAGGUUGCAGCAAAUUGGAAUUAGGAUGCGUGCAGUGCUUGUGGCAAUGAUCUAUAACAAGGGUUUGACCCUUUCAUGCCAGUCGAAGCAGGGCCACACUAGCGGGGAGAUCAUCAAUUUUAUGACUGUUGAUGCAGAACGACUAGGUGAUUUUAGCUGGUACAUGCAUGAUCCAUGGCUGGUCAUCAUCCAAGUUGGUCUGGCCUUAUUCAUAUUGUAUAAAAAUCUCGGGCUUGCAUCUAUUGCUACUCUUGUUGCAACUAUAGUUGUCAUGUUACUGAACUAUCCAUUGGGAAGAUUUUUGGAGAGCUUUCAGGACAAGUUGAUGAAAUCUAAAGAUGAAAGAAUGAAGGCGACAUCUGAGAUUUUGAGGAAUAUGAGAAUUCUCAAACUUCAGGCAUGGGAAAUGAAGUUUUUGUCUAAGAUUGUUGAGCUUCGGGAGAAAGAAACGGGAUGGCUGAAGAAGUUUGUUUACACUUCAGCAAUUGUCAGUUUUGUCUUCUGGGGUGCUCCUACUUUUGUGUCUGUGGUAACUUUUGGUACAUGUAUGGUUUUGGGAAUCCCUCUUGAGUCGGGAAAGAUCUUAUCUGCACUAGCAACAUUUAGGAUUCUUCAAGAGCCAAUCUAUAAUCUUCCUGACACAAUUUCUAUGUUGGUUCAGACCAAAGUUUCGCUUGAUAGAAUUUCAUCUUUUCUUCGACUUGAUGACUUGCAGUCUGAUGUUGUAGAGAAGUUAACAAGGGGUAGUUCUAAUACGGCAAUUGAGAUAGCAGAUGGUAAUUUUUCUUGGGAACUGUCUGCUCCUAACCCAACAUUAAAAGAUAUAAACUUCAAAGCAUUCCAUGGUAUGAGGGUUGCUGUAUGUGGUACAGUUGGGUCAGGCAAGUCGAGCCUUCUUUCCUGCAUUUUGGGAGAGGUACCCAAGAUCUCGGGGAUUCUUAAGUUGUGUGGUACAAAGGCCUAUGUUGCACAGUCACCUUGGAUACAGAGUGGGAAGAUUGAAGAGAACAUAUUAUUUGGUAAGGAGAUGGACAGAGAAAAGUAUGAGAGGAUUCUGGAGGCCUGUUGCCUGAAGAAGGACUUGGAAAUCCUGUCAUUUGGUGACCAAACAGUUAUAGGUGAGAGGGGUAUCAAUCUGAGUGGUGGACAAAAGCAAAGAAUACAAAUUGCAAGAGCUCUCUACCAAGAUGCUGAUAUUUAUCUGUUUGAUGAUCCAUUUAGUGCAGUUGAUGCACAUACAGGAUCUCACUUAUUUAAGGAAGUUUUGCUUGGCCUUUUAAGUUCAAAAACUGUCAUUUAUGUUACCCAUCAAGUUGAGUUCUUACCUGCUGCUGAUCUAAUAUUGGUCAUGAAAGAAGGAAGGAUUACACAAGCUGGAAAGUAUAACGACAUUCUCAAUUCGGGUUCUGAUUUUAUGGAGCUUGUAAGUGCACAUGAGUCAGCUUUAUCGCCACUGGAUUCAAAUCAGGCAGGGUCAGCUUCUGGAAAUGAAAGUAUCAGCAAGGACAACAUGAGCAGUACCAAUGGGGUUCCCCUAAAAGAAGAAAACAAAGACUCACAAAAUGGUAAAAUGGAUGAGAUAGUUGAACCAAAAGGACAACUCGUUCAAGAAGAAGAGAGAGAAAAAGGUAGAGUUGGGUUUCCAGUCUACUGGAAAUAUCUUACAACAGCCUACGGAGGAGCUCUGGUGCCCUUUAUUUUGCUAGCGCAGAUUCUUUUUCAGGUCCUUCAGAUUGGUAGCAACUAUUGGAUGGCUUGGGCAACUCCUGUAUCGAAGGAUGCGAAACCUGCUGUCAGCGGAUCCACACUAAUUAUUGUGUAUGUAGCUUUGGCAAUUGGAAGUUCUUUUUGCAUCCUGGCACGAUCCACCCUUCUUGUAACAGCAGGGUAUAAGACGGCAACUCUGCUGUUCAAUAAAAUGCAUUUGUGUAUCUUCCGUGCACCCAUGUCCUUCUUUGAUGCAACCCCAAGUGGACGAAUUUUAAACAGAGCUUCUACAGACCAAAGUGCAGUUGAUAUGCAAAUUCCAUAUCAAGUUGGGGCAGUUGCAUUCUCGAUGAUCCAGCUUCUGGGAAUCAUUGCAGUGAUGUCUCAGGUAGCAUGGCAAGUGUUUAUUGUUUUUAUCCCAGUCAUUGCUGCCUGCAUCUGGUACCAGCAAUAUUACAUUGCUUCUGCAAGAGAACUGUCCCGGUUGAUUGGAGUUUGCAAAGCCCCAGUUAUCCAACAUUUUGCUGAAACAAUCUCAGGAUCGACAACUAUCAGGAGCUUUGAUCACGAAUCAAGAUUCCGGGAAACAAAUAUGAAAUUGUGCGAUGCAUAUUCUCGGCCCAAGUUUCAUAGUUCUGCUGCAAUGGAAUGGCUUUGCUUCCGCCUGGAUAUGUUCUCCGCUGUUACAUUUGCUUUCUCUUUGUUUUUCUUAAUCACUUUCCCAAAAGGAAUUGAUCCAGCCAUUGCUGGUCUAGCUGUGACAUAUGGACUCAACCUCAACAUGUUACAAGCUUGGGUGAUAUGGAAUAUCUGCAAUACGGAGAACAAAAUUAUAUCUGUUGAAAGAAUACUUCAAUACAUGUCCAUUCCUAGUGAGCCUCCUCUUGUAAUAGAUGAAAACAGGCCAGACCUUUCUUGGCCAGCUCAUGGAGAAGUGUAUAUUGAUAAUCUGCAGGUCCAGUAUGCCCCUCACAUGCCACUUGUGUUGCGAGGUCUCACAUGCACUUUCCCCGGUGGGAAGAAAACUGGUAUUGUAGGAAGAACUGGUAGUGGGAAAUCAACCCUCAUACAAACUCUUUUCCGCAUUGUUGACCCUGCAGCUGGUCACAUUGUGAUUGAUGGUAUGAAUAUAUCAUCAAUUGGUUUGCACGAUUUGCGGUCAAGACUUAGCAUUAUUCCUCAGGAUCCUACCAUGUUUGAAGGAACUGUAAGGAGUAACCUGGACCCCCUUGAAGAAUACACUGACGAACAAAUUUGGGAGGCUCUAGAUAAAUGCCAACUUGGAGAUGAAGUUAGAAAGAAAGAGAAUAAGCUAGACUCCACAGUCGCUGAAAAUGGAGAGAACUGGAGUAUGGGUCAGAGGCAGCUAGUCUGUCUUGGGCGUGUACUACUUAAGAAGAGUAAAGUCUUAGUUCUUGAUGAAGCUACUGCCUCAGUUGACACAGCUACUGAUAAUUUAAUUCAGCAAACCAUUAGGCAACAUUUCUCCGGCUGUACAGUUAUAACCAUUGCACAUCGGAUAACUUCUAUUCUUGAUAGUGACAUGGUUCUGCUUCUGAGUCAUGGGCUAAUUGAGGAAUAUGACUCUCCAACAAGAUUGCUAGAAAGCGAGUCAUCGUCAUUUGCACAACUUGUAGCAGAAUACACAACAAGGUCUAAUACCAGUUUUGAGAAGUAAAUUGAAUUGAAUGACAAAGCUUCAUAAACUACAAAAAAUUUCCUGGAAUAAGUUUCUUGACGACGACGAAAAAAUUAACUCGCAUCAUCAAUUCCGAACUGUGCUAUACAUCAUUAUAGGGUAAUCAAGUUAUCAGUUGCAGAAAAUUGCAGUCAGGUUGUCAACCAGGCAACCUUUCUAUUUUGAUAAAUGUAGAAUUUUGUAUGGACUUAAUGCCUGCAAUUAAAGCUUACAAUUUGGCUUGUUAGUUAA